AUGGCAGGAGUGGAAGUUGCAGGGAGGCACGCGGCAUUCGGAGAACGCAUGUACGAGGCGAGCAAGCUUGCUAAUCUUUGUUUCGCACGGUCGCUGAGAGCGAAGGUGGGGUCGCGGGGCAUCACCGUGAUUGCGAUGACGCCAGGCCAGGUUAACACUGAUCUGAACGCUUUCGACCUGGUCAACGUCUCGGUGCCAGCAGAGCUUGGCGGGGAGAAGCUCUUCGAGAGCGCCUUUGCUGACGGGAGGAAGCCGACCCCAGACUUUGUGUAUCCCUACUGGUUUCCGCGUUUGGUCUUCGAGGGGGAGGUGCCAGAAGUGCUGGCCCCCUGGAGAAUCACUGAGGCGGGGUCGUGGGGGAGGCCCCUGGACAACGCCUUCCGGCCCGAGAGGCUGCUGCAGCAGCGGGACUUCACCCUCCACGGCUCCGUCGGCCCAGAGUGCGGCGAGCAGCUCCAGCGCAGCCUCUGGCGCUGGAGGCCGCCGUCGGCCUUCCCGAGCGGCUCGACGCGGGCGAUCUGUUCCAGGCCUCCAGCCUGCAGGCGAACCCGUCUGGCGUUGGCGUUGCCAAGUGCCCAUCGCCUGGGCUCUGCGCCCCCACGCUGA